UACCCACAGCACUAACCAAUAAGAAGCCGCGCAUUGUCGGCGCUGCUCUCCGAUUGGCCGCUCGCCGCAUGACUGACAGUCCGUGUGAAUGAAGUUUUUUCCCACUUUGGCUCCGCGAAGUUUCAGUGACGGGGGCAUCACUGCAGCGCACUGAAGGGAAGGAAAGAACAGAGGGGAAAAGAAGGGAGAGAGGUGCCCCAUCCAUCCAUCUAUCCAUCCACUGAAUGUUCCCGCAGGACUUUAUUAACGUAUGGCUGCAUGAGAGGCUUUGAGCUGUCGCGCUUUCUCUCUCCAGGACUGUUGGGUUACUGGUUCUGUCCUGAUUUUAAGCAGUUGUCAUAAUAAUAUAACCGAACUCUUCGCGUCAGGACGGGCGCAGGUGGUCAUGGAUACACCUAUCAGAUGGAAAGUAAAGCGGAGGUUUAAGGAGGUGCGGCUGUCGGUACUCCUAGUAUUCCUGAUGUUUGUCACCUCACGAGUCAGCGCAGCUGAGCCAGCCGAUCUCCUAAAGAUUUUAGAUUUUCACAGUUUGCCGGAGGGUGUAACAAAAACUACUGGCUUCUGCACACACCGGAAGUCGUCAAAAGGGCCUGAUGUCGCCUACAGAGUCACAAAAGAUGCACAGCUUAGCGCUCCUACUAAACAACUCUACCCCUGUUUGUAUCAGAUGGAAAAUAUCUCACACACGGAGGGAAAGGUGAUGUUUUUGUGGAAAGUUCUGGUCAGAAUGAGGAGUUUGAAGCUCAUGUCUCAUGACGUCAUCGAGGGGGUUUCCACAGCACAUGUACAGGAGCUGUGUUCCUCGAGUAGCUCCUCGUCCUCCUCUUCUUCAUCCUCUUCAUCCUCCAGCUCUACCACGACUACUGGCGAGGAACCGUACGACGGCUACGAUGGAUAUGAGACUGGAUAUGAAACAUACUAUGACGAGUCGACCUCGCAGCCUGACGGCUCCCGGACCAUCAGCAUCACUAGCACAGGCACAGGUACCGGCGGAGAAGUGGAUAUCGGACUGGGCGGUGAGGUGGAUUUGGGACUGGGAGGAGACCUGGACAGGCGGAUCAUCACAUCAUCAUCAUCAUCAUCAUCGUCGUCAUCAUCAGGAGGAGGAGGAAGUGGAAGAGACCACUCAACUGUCACAGUCAUUCACAAUGGAACGUCUGGCUCGGUUUCCAGCUCCGGCUCCAGCUCCAGCUCUGGAGUCAGUACCGACUCCAGAUCCAGCUCUACCUCAGUUGAUGGUGGUUUUGAUGAUACCCAGUACGGCGACGGUCUUGAUCUGACCUAUGGAGAGGGAUAUGGAGAAGGAUACGGAGAGGGAGAUUAUACCGUGGAAGGAGGCGGUAGCAGCAGCAGCACUUCAGUGUCCGUAGGGGGUGGAUCUGUUUCUGUUGGAGGCGGGUCUGUAUCUGUCGGGGGCGGUUCUGUUUCCGUUGGAGGCGGGUCUGUUUCUUCAAGUGGCUCAGUUGGGGGCGGAUCCGGCAGCGCUGGGGCCAGCGUGGGGGCGGGGUCUGUUGCCACCGGUGGACAGGGAGGAAUCGGUGGAGAGGCAGAUUCCAUCGAUAUCGACAAGUUCAAGGAGGAGUCCAUCACGGAUUACACUGACGCAGAACUGGAGAAGAUUUAUGAUUAUGAUGACCUGUACACCGAUGGCGACAAAGCACUGCCCGCAGAGACCGACGAGAUCUACGGACAGGUGGAUGGACUGAGGGGAGAGAAAGGCCAGAAAGGAGAGCCUGCCAUCAUUGAACCCGGAAUGCUGGUCGAAGGCCCACCUGGUCCAGAGGGUCCCACAGGUCUCCCCGGUCCUCCAGGUUCAACGGGACACCCAGGUGGUGCUGGAGAGCCCGGUGAGAGGGGUCCUACUGGUCGCUCUGGUCUGCCUGGAGCUGACGGUCUUCCAGGACCUCCAGGGACUGUCCUGAUGUUGCCUUUCCGCAUGAGUACAGGAGGCGACAGCGGACAUAAAGGUCCUGCAGUUUCUGCCCAAGAGGCUCAGAUGCAAGCCAUCAUGCAGCAGGCCAGGCUGGCGAUGAGGGGUCCAACCGGACCCAUGGGUUUGACGGGCCGUUCCGGUCCUCUGGGUCCUCCUGGUGUUUCUGGACUGAAAGGAGAGUCUGGGGAUUCAGGACCUCAGGGUCCUCGUGGUCCACUGGGAUCCAUAGGCCCUCCUGGAAAGCCUGGUAGAAGGGGUCGACCCGGCUCAGAUGGAGCCAGAGGGAUGCCUGGACAGACGGGACCAAAGGGGGACCGAGGAUUCGAUGGGCUCGCUGGUUUGUCUGGAGAAAAGGGUCACAGGGGUGAGACAGGUCCUCAGGGGCCACCUGGUCCUUCAGGAGAGGAUGGAGAAAGAGGCAAUGAUGGUGAGGUCGGACCCAGAGGUCUGCCCGGAGAAUCGGGUCCUCGUGGUUUGUUGGGCCCCAAAGGUCCCCAGGGGCCCCCAGGACCUCCCGGUGUGACUGGUACGGACGGACAUCCUGGACCUAAAGGAAACAUUGGUCCUCAAGGUGAGCCAGGACCUCCAGGACAACAAGGCAACCCCGGAGCUCAGGGACUUCCAGGUCCUCAGGGAGCGAUCGGACCUCCAGGAGAGAAGGGUCCCACUGGAAAACCAGGCUUAUCGGGAAUGCCAGGAGCCGAUGGACCUCCGGGCCACCCAGGAAAAGAAGGGCCAUCCGGAGAGAAAGGACAUCUGGGACCUCCUGGUCCUCAGGGGCCGAUCGGAUAUCCUGGGCCUCGAGGUGUAAAGGGUGCUGAUGGAGUCCGUGGGCUGAAAGGAAACAAGGGUGAAAAGGGAGAAGACGGAUUUCCAGGAUUUAAGGGAGAUAUGGGCAUCAAAGGCGACAGGGGAGAACUUGGUGCUGCUGGACCCAGAGGUGAAGACGGGCCUGAGGGACCCAAAGGAAGAUCUGGUUUACCUGGAGAUGCUGGACCACUCGGGUCGACCGGAGAGAAGGGUAAGCUCGGUGUGCCCGGGUUGCCAGGUUAUCCAGGAAGACAAGGCCCCAAGGGUUCUCAAGGAUUCCAGGGAUUCCAAGGAGCCAGUGGAGAAAAAGGCACGAGGGGGACAGCAGGAAAGCCGGGACCCCGAGGACAGAGAGGACCCACGGGACCCCGUGGUGAAAGAGGGCCGAGGGGACCAACUGGUAAAGCAGGACCAAAGGGCAACUCAGGAAGCGACGGCCCCCCAGGACCACCCGGUGAACGGGGUCCAUUAGGAUCAGCGGGACCUACUGGAUUCCCCGGCCCUAAGGGUCCACCGGGUCCUUCCGGAAAGGACGGGCUGCCCGGACACCCUGGCCAGAGAGGAGAGACUGGUUUCCAAGGUAAAACUGGACCUCCCGGACCCCCAGGUGUAGUCGGACCUCAGGGACCAACAGGUGAAACAGGACCAAUGGGAGAGCGAGGCCACCCUGGACCCCCAGGACCACCUGGUGAACAGGGUCUACCUGGACCUGCAGGAAAAGAGGGAGCAAAGGGAGAUCCAGGCCCUGCAGGACCUACGGGUAAAGACGGACCUCCAGGACUCCGAGGGUUCCCAGGCGAGAGAGGUUUACCAGGCCCUGUGGGGUCAGCAGGUUUGAAAGGGAAUGAAGGACCUCCAGGGCCACCUGGACCCGCUGGUUCUCCUGGUGAACGUGGUCCUGCUGGCUCAGCUGGACCUACCGGCCUCCCGGGCCGACCCGGACCUCAAGGACCCCCGGGCCCCGCUGGAGAGAAAGGUGGACCUGGCGAGAAAGGACCUCAAGGCCCAGCUGGUAGAGACGGUAUUCAGGGACCUGUGGGACUUCCAGGCCCGGCCGGACCCAUCGGACCCCCGGGAGAGGACGGUGAUAAGGUACAGAAGAAAAAGAAUUGUGUUUGUGUGCAGGGUUUGCCUGGACCCCCGGGUGAGAAGGGAGAGACUGGUGACGUCGGUCAGAUGGGUCCACCCGGUCCUCCUGGUCCCAGAGGCCCCUCCGGACCCCCAGGAGCCGAUGGACCACAGGGACCUCCGGGAGGAAUCGGCAACCCAGGAGCCGUGGGAGAGAAGGGAGACGCCGGUGAACUAGGAGAACCAGGCCCACAGGGAGACGUCGGCCCUCCAGGUCCAAGAGGAGAGCGAGGAGAAAAGGGAGAAGCCGGACCCGCUGGUUCUGCUGGGCCCCCCGGACCAAAAGGACCACCAGGAGAUGAUGGUCCUAAAGGAAGCCCUGGUCCAAGUGGUUUCCCUGGUGAUCCUGGUCCUCCUGGAGAGCCUGGUCCACAUGGUUUGGAUGGUGCUCCUGGAGAUAAGGGUGAUGAUGGAGAGCCUGGUCAGGCGGGAUCCCCUGGACCUACUGGUGAAACUGGCCCCACUGGACCUCCAGGAAAGAGAGGACCUCAUGGACCUGCUGGACCUGAAGGAAGACAGGGAGAGAAGGGUGCCAAGGGCGAGUCUGGUCUCCUGGGUCCACCUGGUAAGACAGGUCCAGUUGGUCCUCAGGGAAGCCCUGGAAAGCCCGGUCCUGAGGGUCUGAGAGGUGUGCCUGGACCAGUGUCUCACAAAGCCUUAAUUUUAAGAUUUAAAAAAACGUUCUUACUAUAUGUAUGUUUCACUUCUGUUCAGGGUCCUCCUGGUCCUAAAGGUGCUAAAGGAUCAUCUGGUCAGACUGGACCGAAGGGAGAAGCUGGAGUGCCAGGAUCUCCUGGACCUCCAGGUCCACCUGGUGAUGUCAUCCACCCUCUGCCCAUGCAGUCCAGCCCCAAACGGGCAAAGAGGAACAUUGACGCCAGCCAGAUGAUGGAUGACGCUGCAGAUGCCAACUACAAAGACUAUGAGGACGGCAUGGAGGAGAUAUUUGGCUCUCUGAACUCGCUCAAACUAGAGAUUGAACAGAUGAAACACCCGCUGGGCACACAGAGUAACCCCGCCCGCACCUGCAAAGACCUGCAGCUGUGCCACCCAGAUUUCCCAGAUGGUGAAUACUGGAUUGAUCCGAACCAGGGCUGCUCCAGAGACUCUUUCAAAGUGUACUGUAACUUCACAGCAGGUGGAGAGAGCUGCAUCUUCCCCGAUAAAAAGAGUGAAGGGGCCAGACUCACCUCUUGGGUGAAGGAGAAUCCAGGAUCGUGGUUCAGUGAAUUCAAACGUGGUAAACUGCUCUCAUACGUGGAUGUGGAGGGCAAUCCGAUCGGAGUGGUCCAGAUGACGUUCCUGCGUUUACUCAGUGCCACGGCUCGGCAGAACCUGACAUACAACUGUUACCAGUCGGUGGCUUGGCACAACCAGGACCUGGACUCUUACGAUAAAGCCAUCCGCUUCCUGGGUUCCAACGAUGAGGAGAUGUCUUACGAUAACAACCCGUACAUCAGAGCCGCCGUCGACGGAUGUGCGUUGAAAAAGGGUUAUGAAAAGACUAUUCUUGAGAUCAACACACCGAAAGUGGAGCAGGUACCAUUUGUUGACAUUAUGUUCAACGAUUUCGGCGGAGCGACGCAGAAGUUCGGCUUUGAGGUCGGACCGGCCUGCUUCAUCGGCUAAGACUGCUCAGCGAGCACACGCGAACAAAACAUAUUCAUUUUCUCCGAAAACAAAACACGAGAAAGAAAUAGGACGACUUAUUUGUAAAGUUUUGUGUUUCCAAACAAACCCAACAGAUACCAAAGUAAGGAUAAAAGAAAUUUGAAGAAAGAAUGGAUGUCCAAACAAUGGGUUCUUAUAACAGAGCAACCUUUUUAACCUCAGUGUACCCUCUGCAUCACAUGCAAGUUUUGAAACUGGAUGAGGUCAUCACUCAUGACUCUCCCAGGCCCGCCCACUUUACACUCAUCCGACUCUUCGCCCCUCCCACAGGCUGUAUAGACGGAUUAGAUCCAUCCUUUUAUUUCCCUCCUGUUCUUGGACUUGUAGCUCUAUGCACAUAUGAGAAAUCUUUUCCAUUGGUUUGUUUGCUUGGGUUUUAUGUUGUUCCUCUUUCCACUUCUAAGCUUUGUUUUUUGUGCAUACUUGUCUUCCAUUCCCUGGAAUGGUGAUUAUAUAUAUAAAUAUAUAUAAAUAUUUUUUUCUAUGUUUGUAAGUACUUUCUGUAUAUUUUUUUUUUCCGGUGAAGUGUUUUUUUUUUGGUUCUGGCUUCAAAACAUGCAUGUGAACCCAUUGAGCGAUAAGGACAGAGCUGCUGGUUAUUGGAAAAAAACGCUUUUUAAAAAAUAAAAUAUACCCCCAAUAAAACAGCCUGAGGAAAUUUUCAGUGAAUCUGAAGCAGAGAAAAUGAUUAAAAUACGACAAAAAAAGCAACUGCAACAGCAACAAAGUCUUAUUCCAGAUGUGAACAAUGUCUUUUUGUAAUUUAAACAACAAAAUUACAAUAAAAGUAAGAAACAGCCGUAAUGUGAGCAUUAAUUUGCUACCUGUCAUGUUGAAGUGGCUUCCGUGGGUCUGUGAGAUCGCGACCCGCCUGUAUGAGGGGAAUCUUUGAUCUGACGUUCACGAAUCGGUGCUUCCCUGUAUCAGAAGAGCACACCAUCACACUGAGGAAACACAAUAUCGGUGAACUAGGUGCUAUGUGGUGCUAAAAAUAUAUACCUUUUUUCCUGUACUUGUUUGUUGUAAUUGAAAACGGCUCUGCGGUGAUACCCAAGCGGUUCCACGUCUUCUGUCAAAGUCCUAGCUUUGCUUCCCGAGGUGGGGAAGUAUUUGUAUGCAUGCCGUAAAAUCAUAUUCAUUUAUAGAUGAGAACACCUUUUUCUUCUGUUAUCAUUCCUCACCACGUUUGACAAAUGUCCAGAUUGUUAUAUGGAGAUCAUUUAUGGUCCUCCAAAGGCUUUAGCUCACACUUUACAUUACAACGUUCGCGUCACAGUCUAUUCACUCGAUCUGAAAUGGUUAAACGGAGCACAGUUACUGUUAAUGCUGUUGUGAUUGAGGUAUCACGUGUAACAUGGACCCUGUAAUGUAAAGUGUUACUCUAGCUAACAGAAGCGAUGGAACUGAAAUGCCUUUUAACACACAAUUAGCUUGGGACCUUUUCGUUAGAUCUUUCUGGAGGGUCCUGUGAAUAUUUUAACCAAAAUGCUUAGAGGAAUGAAUAGUUAACUUGACUGCCGAUUUCAGCUUUCCUUCCAAAGAGAUUUCUCUUAAUUUAAGAGACUUGAAGACCAAGAAUCAGAUUGUCUUGUGUGAUUAUUCACGUUUGUUGUACAUUACAAAGUUUCGCUAGCAUAUAUUCCUUCACCUGCCAGAAUUGGUUGUCAUUGACUAGAGCCAUCUUGUUAUUCAUCUAUCACACCUUUUGCCACUAGACAUUUUCCUGCACUCUUUUGUUCUGCUUUUUGACCACUAGAUCUGCUACUGCAAAAUCUUGCUCUAAUUUUUUAAAUAUGACUUGAACUGGUUCUUUUAAGAGGAUAAAACACGGAAUAUGCAGUUUUGACACAAUUUUAUCAGUACGAAACACAUUUCAACCGAUUCUUCUGUAAAUGUCAAAACCAGCAGUAAUGCUGCCAAUAAAGUUUACUCUGUUUUUUUUUGUUUUUGUAAUGUUUGUUUGUUUUUGCGGUCGUGUCAAACCUGUGUACGAGAAGAUAGAAGAGAUAUUGGUUUUGUGUCAAUAAAUUCAGGUUCACUGUGUCCACCCACCCUUGUAUGUCUUUUGAAGCAUUAAAACUUUCCUGUAUGCAUGAAAAUGUUAAGCUUUCUCUUCAUGUUUCUUCCCACAGCCACAUUUCUUUUUUUUAUCAGCCGUAUGAUACAUCCUCUCAGUGCUCCGAUGAAAACAGGCCUGUCCUUCAUUGUGAAAUGGAGAGAGAGCGAUGUUUGUUGUAACUCUCUACCAAAGCCCAUGUUCCUUUGUAGUAUAUUUAUUGUAUUAUUUAAAAAUAAUAAAUGUUAAUUGAUA